AUGACAGAAAAGGAGGUGCUGGAGUCCCCUAAGCCCUCCUUCCCAACAGAGACUCCGCAAAGUGGGCUACAGCGGCUGAAGCAGUUAUUCAGGAAGGGUUCUCCAGGGACAAAGGAGAUGGAGCUUCCCCCAGAGCCCCAGGUCAAUGGGGAGGCAGUAGGAGCUGGGGGUGGGCCCAUCUACUACAUCUAUGAGGAAGAGGAGGAAGAAGAAGAAGAGGAGGAGCCACCCCCAGAACCUCCUAAGCUUAUCAAUGACAAGCCCCACAAAUUCAAAGAUCACUUCUUCAAGAAGCCAAAGUUCUGUGAUGUCUGUGCCCGGAUGAUUGUGCUCAAUAACAAAUUUGGGCUCCGCUGUAAGAACUGCAAAACCAACAUCCAUGAACAUUGUCAAUCCUAUGUGGAGAUGCAGAGAUGCUUCGGCAAGAUCCCACCUGGUUUCCGUCGGGCCUAUAGCUCCCCACUCUACAGCAACCAGCAGUAUGCUUGUGUCAAAGAUCUCUCUGCUGCCAAUCGCAAUGAUCCUGUGUUUGAAACUCUGCGCACUGGGGUAAUCAUGGCAAACAAGGAACGGAAGAAGGGCCAGGCAGAUAAAAAAAAUCCUCUAGCAGCCAUGAUGGAGGAGGAGCCAGAGUCUGCCAGGCCAGAAGAAGGGAAACCCCAGGAUGGUAACCCUGAAGGGAGCAAGACGGCUGAGAAAACACCUGAUGACAAACACAAGCAGCCUGGCUUCCAGCAGUCUCAUUAUUUUGUGGCUCUCUAUCGGUUCAAAGCCCUGGAAAAGGACGAUCUGGAUUUUCCGCCCGGAGAGAAGAUCACAGUCAUUGAUGACUCCAAUGAGGAGUGGUGGCGAGGGAAAAUCGGGGAGAAGGUUGGAUUUUUCCCUCCAAACUUCAUCAUUCGAGUUCGGGCUGGAGAACGCGUGCACCGUGUAACAAGAUCUUUCGUGGGGAACCGCGAGAUAGGGCAGAUCACUCUCAAGAAGGACCAGAUCGUGGUGCAGAAAGGAGACGAAGCCGGCGGCUACGUCAAGGUCUACACCGGUCGCAAGGUGGGGCUGUUUCCCACCGACUUCCUGGAGGAGAUUUAGGCGUGAAGGCGCCUGCAGUCGGGAGACACCCAUCCCCAUUCCGGGCGGGCCCAGUGGAGGUUGGGGAGAAAAGAGACAAAAGCAACUGGACUGCUGGGGGCGUGGGGUUUAGGAAGGCUCUGGGAAGGGACUGGUUCCUGCCUCCCUCCCCACCCCUGGCCUAGGGCCUCGGAUACCUGGUACUCGAGCAGCCCGCAACUUCUCCGCCCAUCUUGAGAGAGAAGACAUCUCCACUAAGGAGGCGUCCAGGGGUAUUGCGGGUACGAACUUAUUUGAAUGCUGCAAAUUUAUUAAAGUUUUGACAAGCCGAGCGCUGUAGUGUGCGCUUGUAAUCCCAACAAAUCGCGA